AUGGAUGCAAAGAAGGCGAUCAUCGACGCCAUACUGCAGCCCAGCAAUACCGCUAGCCGUGUAGCCAUGAAGGUUCGGGCGGGUAGAAUGUUUCUGCAGGACGGUAUGGUGCGGCCGUCGCCAAAGAGAGGAUAUAUGUUCCUGCUGCUCGAUCCGCUGAUGCACAACGUGGAGUUGGUGUGGAGCUCUGACGAUGGUGAAGAGCAGCAUCGGGUGCUUCUGCCACCCGACAAAGUGAAGGUCUCUUGGGUGGAAAAGUGCAACACCGGAAGGGUGAUGCUAUUUGAUGUAAAGAAUGGAAAUCAACUAUUUUUCUUUUGGAUGCAGUCCAUCUCCACCGAACUGGACGAUUUAGUGAUGAAACGGGUUGAGUACAUUUUAUACAAAUAUCGUCAUGUUUCGGAUUCCACGCGAAAUCCACGAGAGAUAACAAUAUCGACCCUGCAACAGCUGCUGGGGGAGGUGUGGGAGGAGGGGCUCGCUCAGGAUGUCGACCUUGUCGAUCUUCUCGCCUCCCACAGCCUUCACUCGAUCCUGCGCGAGGACCCGGAGUUCUACGCGUCGAGGAUGCAAAAGUACCUCCCACCACAGACAAUUGCGCAGGGUGGAUGCGUGAAUCCCAUCGAUAUUGUACAAGAAUCUCCAGUGAAGUGGGCGGCGCAGUUGAUGACCAUCAUGCUUCGCCGGAAGAAUACGCAUGAGUGCCUCUCCACGUCAUUCUUGGACGGCGCGAUGCCGUCGAACGUUAGUGUCACGUCAUUUCUCAUGUGCAUCGCCCAGAAUGCUGCCAGACAAGGUGAGCAACAACAACAACGGGACCAAGCAGGGCAGAAAGAUGGUGAUGCCAGAAAAGGGAGACCUUCACGCUGA